CUAGAGGUUAGUGGGGACGCCUGGCCAUCCCAUUCACCAGUGUCCCCGAAAAUUCACCACCGACCCAUGAAUAGAGUCUUUGAGACUGCGUCAGGCAGCGUCCCAACGCAGCGACCGUGAUGGCCCACCUUUAUAACUUUCACUUCGUAACUUGAUGGAUUUCUUCCUUAUACUCGACACAUCCACCCGGAAACGACCUCCUUCUGAUACUGAACUUCCGCUCGAUAUUCGACAUAUACAGUUCUUCAGCAACAAUUCUUCGGGCCUUCUCUCGCAUUUGUGACUGGCUUCUUUCCUAGUACCCCUCCACCCCAUCUUCACCGACUUUGCCACAAACAUGGUUGUUUUAGCACUGUACCGCAUUUCGUGUGGCCUAUCGAUGAUCCUCUGUCUUGUGCCUCUCAACUGGCAUUGGCGAAACGGCAACAUUCCAGCAAUCGCUCUGAUACUCUGGUUGGUACCGUACAACCUCUGCACGUGGGUCAAUUCUUUCAUCUGGCCGGACGAUGCCUCCCUCUUGGCUGGCUGGGAGGGCGGAAUCUACUGCGACAUCCAAGUCAAGAUCCUCAUGGCCGGCUACACCGGAAUCAUCACGUCGAUACUCGCCAUCGCUCGGAAUCUGGCCAACAUCCUCUCUGACGACAAUCCAAUUGUGCGGACGAAGGCUGUGAAAAGGAGGGAAAACAUGAAGGAUCUGGUUAUUUGCCUCGGCAUCCCCAUCUACAUGAUGGCGGUUCACUAUGUGGUUCAACCGAGACGCUACUACCUCUACACCAUCUCUGGAUGCGGCGCGACCGUCGACAAAUCUUGGCCUAGCAUUAUCAUCAUCUUCAUUUGGCCUCCCAUCACGGCGCUAGUCGCGUCCUACUACGCAGCGCUGGUGAUAUAUCGUCUGCACAAAUAUCGCAACCGCUUCACCAGCAUCCUGAGCAGUAGUACGUACGCAAACAAGUCGCGGUUCAUGCGGCUGUUCCUUCUUGCGGUGAUCCUCCUGAUCGUGUUCCUGCCUGCAAGCGUCUACACCUUCUUCCUGAACAUCAGCGACGAGUUCCUUCCGUACAGCUGGGCGGAUAUUCACGGCGAGGGCUGGCUGUCGAUCGAAAAGAUCCCGACCGGCAACGUAAUCAAAUUCGAUCGCUGGCCGCCCGUCGGGGUCGGCUUCCUGGUGUUUCUCCUGUUCGGCCUGGGGAAGGAUGCCGUGGCCCUGUACAGGGACUGGAUCAACACCAUCGGCAUCGGGAGAUUCCUGCCCGACAGGCUCAUGGCACGAGAAAACCUGCAUGCGAGAGCUUUUUCAAUUCCCGGUUCCACACAGGACAGCACAGGGUCGAAAGGGAAGGCUGUGGACUUAACCACAACCCUCUCCUCCAACGACGACGGUGACUACCCCAUCUGGCCCGCAUCACACUAG